GAGCUUUUUGGUUGCUCAUCGAAGCGUGCCGCUGCGGGGGCCAGCGCUGCUGGCAGCUGGAGCAAGGAGCUGCUCCGGCGCGGUUCCGCGAGGCGCCCCGCCGAGGGGCAGCCCGGUGCCGUCCGCGAGGGCGACGGAGCACGGCGGAGCACGGCGAGCGCCGCGCGAGGAGCCCAGGCUUCUGCGGGAGAAGGGCAGAGCUGCCGGUGCCGGUCGGGAGGACGAGGCUCGUGCUGCCGAGGCGAGAGGCCACCGCAGAAGAGCGAAGCAGGAGGAUCCGGACGAGAUCCUGCCCCCGGGGACGAGGUACCAGGGGCGCCGAUACGGCGUGCAGUUCUUCGUGGGGGACCUGGUGGAGGUUGUUCGCGAAGGCAGGCUGACCUAUGCGCGUGUGGCGCGGAUCCCCACGGACGAGCGGCCGAUGGACGGCUCCUUCAUCGUGAAGUGGGACGACAACGGGCGCGAGUGGAAGUGCUCCUACAAGGACCUGAGGAAGCCCAGGAAUCCAGAGGUCCCACUGCCAGACUGGAUUGAGGACUGGUGGCCAGCCGAGCCGCCGCCCACGCUGGCCGAAGAGUACGAAAAGGAGUGGACUUGGGUGUCAGACCUGCGCCCAGGGGGCCGUGGAGGAGGCAUGAUACCCGAGCCGCCAGAAGAUCAUCCUUACGUUCAAGAUAGGGAUGACCCGUACCGGCCAACUGAGGAGCUCUACAAACGGUUGACGGAGGACUGGAAAGAUGGAUAG